AUGCCUCCGCGAAUCCCAACCGCAGAAGACUUCACUCCAAUCCAGCCCGUCCUACCCCUGACCCUAGCUUUCCCAAACCCGCCAGAAUCCACGACGGCGAUCCUCAUCUUAUUCCACGGCCUAGGCGAUUCCGAGGCUCCCUUCGCCUCCUUCGCCCGCGCCAUGUCCCUCCCCGGCGUCCUGUCCAUCUCUGUCCGCGGUCCCUCUCCGCUCCCACCAUCCAUGCUUCCCGACGUCCCCCCACAAUCCUCCUCCGCAGGCCACUUUCACUGGGGUGAUGACUUGACCUUCGACCCUGACACGGAUGACCUCUCUCCGGACCCGGGCUUCAGCAAGGCAGCCAACCUUGUGACGGAAAAGCUUAUUCGGGAGACGUUGAUGGGACGUUGCGGAUGGGAACUCAGUGACAUCAUCCUCUUUGGCUUUGGACAGGGCGGCUCACUAGCUCUGGGUCUGGCCUCGCAGCUCCGCUUGGGCCCGAAGGUGGUGGAUGUCACAGAGGGACAAAAGGUCAGCAGGAGCGAGGAUGAGGGAACGCUAAAGGGCGUGCUUUCUAUUGGUGGUCCAUUGCCUCACUCCAUGAUUCCCACAGUCAGCACGCGCAGUAAGUCAAAAACGAAGGCUUGUCUGGUGCAACUUGACGAUGACGCAUUUGACGUCGUGAAGGAGGAAUUCCUCGACGUCAGGGUAGUUAGGUGGAAGAGGAAGGAUGUUGCGAUGCCCCGGGACCGGGAGGAGAUGUUUCCCCUGAUGAAGUUUCUUGCAGAAUGUCUCAAAAGCGGUUGGUAA